AUGGCUUCAGAGACUCAUUUUUUGCAAGUCGCAAGUAGUGAGGCUCCGGGAGAGAGGAGAACCGCAAGCCAGGAUUUCCAGCCACCUCUUCUGGAAUGCUUUUCCCUCCGAGAACCACGCUCGAAGCUAGACACCAGCCUGUACAUCGAUCCUUGGGACCGUGAGCGCUACGUGCGCCAAAUCCACGAUAUCACCAGGGAACCUCUCCAAUCAUGCAACGAACAUGGUAUCGGAUAUACAGUGGUCUCCUUGACUGUCCCCGGGAUACACGGCAUUGCGGACAAGACCGAGGCGGAGACAGCAGCGACUCUGACGAACAACUGGAUUGCAGAGCAGAUCAAAGAGACCCGAGACUGCUUGGGGGCUUUUGCCUGCCUAUCAAUCGAUGAUCCCGUUCAGGCUGGCCAGGUGCUUCGCCGAUGCGUCAAGGAUCUCGGCUUCCACGGCGCUUUGCUGUGUGAUUUCCAACAUGCUGGUUCGAGUGGCGAGACAUACCUCUUCUACAACCAACCUCAGUAUGGUGCCUUUUGGGACGUCCUCACGGGGCUCGAAAUUCCCCUUUAUACCCACCCUGCAGCACCAGCCGAUGUGAUCCUGGAAGAGUUGUACAGUCAGCGUCCAUUCUUGAUCGGACCCCCUCUAUCUUUCGCUAAUGGGGUGAGUCUGCAUACUCUGGGAUUGAUCAGCAAUGGCGUGUUUGACCGAUUUCCCACAGCGAAGGUUAUCAUUGGUCAUCUGGGAGAACACAUUCCGUUUGACUUUUGUCGUAUAAACCACUGGUUCGAGGAUGACGAGAAGCCCAUUGCUGAAGAGAAGGACAAAAUCAUCGGACACUUCUCCACGGCGACAUUCUUCAAGUGUGUGGUGGACGAGAUAGGCGCCGACUGCGUCCUCUUCAGCAUCGACUACCCAUUUGAGACGAUCGAAAAUGGCUGUGGCUGGUGGGAUAAUGGUGCGGAGGCCAUUAAGGAGGCAGUGGGAGGUGUUGGUUUGUAUCGUUGCAGCCGUCUAGACAACGCGAAGAAACCACUGAAGUUGGGUGACUUUGACGAUUCCGAAGCGCCUGUCAACUGA